CGCUGGAUGCUCCGCAAUUGCGUCACACCCGCCAUACGAAGCCUCCGACCACAUUUUCAGAUCAAGCAUAAACUGGCUUUAAGAAGCGGUUGGAAAAAGGCGGAGAGGGUUUGUCAUCUGAGUGCCAGUCACUAUCUGGGCGGUUUCAUUCUGUCUCAUGCAGCGGUGUAAAAAAAUAAAAAUAAUUGCUCACUAAAGUGUGACCAAACGCAAACAUGGCGACUGCUUGCACCGACAGCUACCGAUAAGAGUGUCGUGAACAAGCUAUACCUCAGCGAACAAGUGUGACAAAGUUUCCAAGGAUUAUCGAAGUGCGCACACUUUGUGCCUUCAGUGGUGGUUUUGUAAUCUAAAACUGGAUCGGAAUAACUCGAGCGGGUGAAAGCUGCAAGUUGCCUACAUGUCAAAAUUGUCUCUUGUAGUGUUGUAAACAGCUGGCACGCCCAGUCAUGAUCGAGGACAAGGGUCACCGUGUGACCGACUACUUUGUGGUGGCCGGGCUGACGGACAAGUCCACGCCACUGGAGCAGGACCUGUCGGAGACCAAGUCCAGCGGGCCCAAGGCACCCAUCACUGACCUGGCUGUCAUCAACAAGUCAGCGGGCGAGACGGUGCCGGAGGGCUUCACCUGCAUCGAGAGCACCUACAGCGCGCAGCAGGCCAACCUCAACCAUGGCAGCCUUAAGAGCCCCGAGAUAUUUCUCUGCUACAAGAGGGGCCACGACAAGCCCCCGCUCAUUGACAUCGGGGUGUUAUAUGAAGGUAAGGAGCGUCUCAUCCAGGGCUGUGAGGUAAUCCAGGCCACGCCGUAUGGCCGCUGUGCCAACGUCAACAACAGCUCUGCCACCUCGCAGCGCAUCUUCAUUACCUUACGCCGCGCGCCACCCGUCCAGCCCCAGAACUCCCUGUCCGUCACCGACAUCUGUGUCAUCGUCACCAGCAAGGGCGAGACGCCGCCACACACCUUCUGCAAGGUGGACAAGAACCUCAACUGUGGCAUGUGGGGCUCUAGUGUUUUCCUGUGCUACAAGAAAUCAGUGUCGGUGUCCAACUCCAUUAAUUACAAAGCCGGCCUCAUCUUCCGCUACCCAGAGGAUGACUAUGAGUCCUUCCCCCUGUCGGAGUCUGUGCCCCUGUUCUGCCUCCCCAUGGGGGCUAAGAUCGAAUGCUGGACCCCCAACACACGCUACCCUCUCCCUGUCUUCUCCACCUUUGUGUUAACCAACUCCUCUGGGGAAAAGGUGUACGGUGCUGCCAUCCAGUUCUAUGAGGCCUACCCCAUAGAUCUCCUCAGUGAGAAGCAGAAGGUGCAGUUGGGCCUGCUCACCACCGUGGAGAAGAAGAUGAUCCCCAACCGGACAGUCAACACCAACAAGUGCAUCUGCCUCCUCUCCCGCUGGCCCUUCUUCGAGUCGUUCCGCAAGUUCCUCAUGUUCCUCUACAAGCUGUCCGUCUCGGGCCCCCACCCGCUGCCCAUCGAAAAGCACAUCUCCCAUUUCAUGCACAACGUGUCCUUCCCCUCACCUCAGAGGCCCAGAAUCUUGGUCCAGCUCUCUGCACACGACACCUUGAUGCUCGCACAGCCUGUGUGUACUCCUAUGCCUCUCAGUGGUGCAGACUACAGUACACUGCUGAUUAACCUGGGCUCAGAGAACUGUGCCACGCUGUUGCACUUUGUCCUGCUGGAGAGUAAGAUCCUGCUGCACUCCUUGAGACCCGCUGUACUCACCGGGGUAGCAGAGGCUGUGGUGGCGAUGAUUUUUCCAUUCCAGUGGCAGUGCCCGUACAUCCCCCUCUGCCCGCUCUCCCUGGCGGGGGUCCUCAACGCACCCUGUCCCUUCAUUGUGGGCGUGGACUCCCGCUACUUUGACCUCUAUGACCCUCCUCCGGACGUGGUCUGUGUGGACCUGGACACCAACACGAUCUACCUGUCUGAUGAGAAGAAACACAGCAACUGGAAGAACCUCCCAAAGAAGCCCUGCAAGAGUCUGUUUAACUCCCUGACCAACCUGCAACACCAGCUGGGCAUCGUGCGUCGGACGGCCCAGGAGGGCUUGGCGGUGGAGAUGACCCCCAUCGAGGCGGACUUCACCUGGCACAAGAAGAUGACCUCCCUGGAGAUGGAGAUCCAAGAGGCCCUGCUGCGCUUCAUGGCCCACAUCCUGAAGGGCUACCGUUCCUAUCUCAAACCCAUCACCCAGGCCCCCUCCGAGAAGGCCACCUCUGCAGACUCACUAUAUGACCUACAGGGUUUCCUAAAGAGCAGGGAGCGAGCCCACCAGAAGUUCUAUUCGCAGCUGACCAAGACUCAGAUCUUUAUACGCUUCAUCGAGGAGUGCACAUUCGUCAGCGACAAGGAUACAGGCCUUGCCUUCUUCGACGACUGCAUUGAGAAGCUAUUUCCCUCUGAUAAAGGGAACGACAAAGGCACUAAGGUGGAGGGUGAGUCCUCGGAGGACAUUAAGCUCAUGGAACUAGACGAAUCACAGAGGAGUGAGCAUACAGUCUUCGUCAUGCCCCCAGAACCUCCCACCACCGAGGACGAAUCUGAUCCCCCUACCCGCUACAGUUAUAAGAGUUUCCCUCGGUUGCGUAUGGACCUGUUUGACCGUCCCAAAGAGGUGAUACCAGCGCUGAGGAGCAGUACACCAGGGGCCAGCCUGUCCAGCAGCCCUGCACUGCUGGCCAAGAGGACCAAGCAGGAGAUCAAGCUGGCCUACAAGAUGGCCAAGCGCUUCUACUCCGACCCUCCGCUGUGGGCCAAGUGUCUGUUCAGCCACUGCUACAGUCUGUGGUUCAUCUGUCUGCCCGUGGGGGUGAGGCUGGUCCAGUCAAAGAGCUGGGCCAUGCAGCAGGCCUACAACGUCCUGCUCAAGAUGAGGACGUCUGAGGUGGAGGUCCUGGAUGAGGUGUGUUACCGUGUAGUGAUGCAGCUGUGUGGUUUGUACGGUCAGCCGGUCAUGGCCGUCCGUGUUCUGGUGGAGAUGAAGAAGGCAGGGGUGCACCCUAACGCAAUCACCUAUGGCUACUACAACAAGGCUGUUCUGGAAGGCCCCUGGCCAAGUUGGAACCGCAGCGGUCUCUUCAUGUGGGCCAAGGUUCGCAACGUGGUGCGCACUGUGGCCCAAUUUAAACAGGCACUCCACCGGAUGCCCGCCACAAAAGGACCCACCAUCAUCACGACAGUGGUGUCGGUGAGCAGCGACCUGCUGAGCCACGGGAGUGCAGACCACUCCAGUGAGGUGAACGGAGAGGAUCACACGCUGUUUGCACGCAGCCUCAUCAUAGGAGACGCCACAGACAACCACUGCAGCACAGGAGGUCAGUCUGACCAGGGCUACGGCUCUAAAGAUGAGCUGCAUCAGGUGCAAGUGGAUUUGGCUCCAUCAGCAGCCCCUCUUGUCGAUGUGGAUCACCGCAGCAAGCCCAAAGCACAGCACAAUGGUGGGGACAUAGCUGGCUCGGUGGACAGUUCUGUGGUCGUAGCGGAGCCCACCAGCCCUGUUGAAGCCAUCCCACAUGUCCCCAGCAUCGUCAAGCUGUCCACAGGAGGGAGCUUCGAUACUGCCAUGAAGAGAGGAGAAACUGCCCCAGGGAAGCUGUUCUCUCUGCGCAGCCAGAGCGAGAAUGUCUCUCUGCCGGAGGAGGGUGAGUCUACAGCCCCGGGUGGCUCUGGGGAGGCGGGGCCUGCAGUUCAGGGGCAGGGCCAGCGCCAGAAGGCCUUCUCGGAGCGCAGCUGCAGCUUCAGCGUUGAGAGUCGUGCCGGCAUGCUGAUGGAGAAAAAUGGUGUGGACCACAUCGCGAGACGCAUGGGUGCCGAUGCCCGAAUCCUCGCCGAUGCCCUUUCUGGGUGUGGCACCACCCAACCACCUACAAAUCCACCAUCCAAGGCCCUUUUUAAGGAGUUGGAGUCAGAGGAGGGGCGUUGUCCGAUGCUGGGGAAACUGUCAGAGGAGGAGGGUCCUGUAAUGGACCCAACCCCAUUGGAGGAGGGGCUAGGGAAAGAGGAGGAGAGAAUGGACGGGGAGGAUGAGAUGGGACUGAAGUUGGAAGAGGAAGGAGAUUCAGGGGGGAGGGGUGAUAGCUCUCUGCCAACCCUGGAGAUGAAGGAGGUGGAUGUGGGGGCUGAUCCCCUCUCCCUGCUGGUCUCAGAGCACGAAGAGUUGGCCUCCGUAACCAGCCAGGAGCUGCCGCACUCCCUGCCCGCCGUGGUGUCCCGAAACCUGGCAGACGAGAUUGAGAUGUACAUGAGCCUGCGAAGCCCACUGGGCCCCAAGUCCUCCAGUAUGGAGUUCCAGCAGGGGGGGCAGGGAGGGGACUCUUCCCCGGACACUGCCCCAGUUAAGCAAGCUCUAGAACGGAGGUCCAGCCUCCCUGUGCCCCCUGUCAAACACCCAGGGGGUUCAAGCGGGGACUCGACGCCCAAACGCAGCCCUGCUGCUGUCACGCGCUCCAAGACCUUCGCCGUUAUGGCCACCAGGAGCCGCGGUGUUGUGGCCAGCCCGAGGUCGUCACUGACUGCGCUGGUGAGGUCAUCGCAAAAUGGCUCGCUGGGCUCGGUCAUCAACUCCAUCUCAGGCAUGAAGAUGGACACCCUGCUCUCUGGUCCCAAGAUGGACGUGUUGAAGUCAGGCAUGAAGCAGGCAGGGAACCUGGCCAGCAAAGUGUGGGGGGCUGUGGCCUCAGCCUAUUCCUACUCCGAUGACGAGGAUGAGCUGGCCCCGGGCUACAGGGAUAGGGAUAGUUUCCCUGCCGGGCUGGAUGAGUCCAUGCUGUCAGGGGGUGGAGGAGGGGACAGUCCCACCCACAGAGGGCCAACCCAAGGCCUGGUGUCCAACGGACUGACACAGAGCAGCACCAGCCUGGCCAGCAGCAGUAGCAGCAGUGACACAGGGAGAGGACCUCACUCCACACUGACUCCAGGACGGCCAGGGAGAGGUCCAGACUCUGAUCAAGGCUCCCACCACACCAGCUCCUCAAGUAUCUACCAAAACUGUGCCCUAGAGGUGCUGAUGUCCAGCUGCUCCCUGUGUCGGUCCUGUGAGUGUCUGGUGUACGACGAGGAGAUCAUGGCGGGCUGGACGGCAGACGACUCCAACCUCAACACUACCUGUCCUUUCUGCCGCGCCGCCUUUCUGCCUCUGCUCCACGUCGAGUUCCACGACCUGCGCACCAACACAGCGUUCUACCUGAAGCCCAGUGCAUCAGGAGACAGUAUCCACAGCGCCAGCCACCAGCCCACAACUACAGACUCCACCGUGCUCGGGGUUGGGGGUGCAGCAGACACCCCGCCCCCGGACCUCAUCAGCUUCCCAGAAUCCUCCUCUGAGGACCCAGGGGAGGCCCCGGCCAGCCAAACCGCCACUCACAAGAGUUUGGUGCCGGAGCCGGCUCAGUCGGACCCUCUGGGCUUGCUGGAACACCAGGCAGGGAAGCGGGGGACUUCUCUGACGCGCAGUAACAGUGUGGGCGGGCCACUACAGAGCCUGGUCUCUUACCAGAGACAACCCGGACACGGCGUGUCCACCACCAGCCUGCCCUGCAGCCUGACAGAGGUGGAUGGCCUGGGACAAAAGCGGCCCGACCCCAUGCCAGUGUCUGUGCCCUACCUCAGCCCCCUGGUCCUCCGCAAAGAACUGGAGACCCUACUAGAGAACGAGGGAGACCAGGUGAUCUACACCCAUAAAUUCCUGAGUCAACACCCCAUCAUCUUCUGGAACCUGGUGUUUUAUUUCUGUCGUCUGGACCUGCCCAGCUACCUGCCUGGCCUCAUCCUCACCUCAGAACACUGCAACAAUGGAGUACAGCUCCCCCAGACCUCCCUGUCCCAGGACAGUAAACAGGUGUAUGUGCAGCUGCUGUGGGACAACAUCAACCUGCACCAGGAGCCUGGCGAUCCCCUCUACCAGAGCUGGAGGACCCUGCUGGAGAAGAAGGCCACCCUGGCCCCCACGGACCAUCAGGAGACACGGACCUUCCUCAACAGCAUCGUCCGCAGCAUCCAGACGAACGAUGUAUACGGCCCCAUCAAUCUGCUCCUCCGAGAGGUCAAGCGGCACCCAGAGGUCAAACGCCAAAGGGGUAUCUAUAGGGAGAUCCUCUUCCUGGCGCUUGUGGCAUUGGGACGGGAGAACAUUGACGUCGAGGCCUUUGACCGUGAAUACCGCCAGGCCUUUGAUGGUCUGAGCACAGAGCAGCUCAAGGCUCUGCACAAGAUUGACCGGCCACCCAACAGCAAUGUCCAGUGGUGCCUCAAGUGCUUUGGAGCUCCAGUCAUCUGACCUUGCCACCGCUGCCCUCUACUGGACGGUCUGAGAAGUGCUCCACCUGUGGCCCUCACUCACGCCGUGGAGAGGAGCAGAGAGGAGACAGAGGGAAAACGGGAAAGAAACUUGAUGGGUAGUGGUGGGUCAGGGUGUAAGGGAGAAUCUUGGACAGAUCAUUUUUACACCUCUCCUAUCGCCCAAAGAUGGUACUUUUUUUUAUCCCUAUCCGGAAAGGCCCUAUUGUUGAUGUUUUUUCUCCUGCCUAUUGUAGCUCUUCCCGCAGGCCGAUUUGUAACUCAAAUAGUUAUUUAUGUGAAUAUUCUGGAGGGUGCGGUAGAGAGACUUGUUCUUUAUGAAAUGGUGUGUUUCUUUAUCGAUGUUGUAGAGCGAGUGAAGUGUGUAUCUCACUGCCCAGUCCUGUGUGUGACCUUGUUCCAGCUCUGUCCUACUGUCCUGUAGCCCCACGGUGACCUCUAGAACCACCUUGUAGUAACCUAGGAGGCCAUUCACCCAUGGACAGAAUACUGAUCGUCACUGUCAUUGAUGUGCACUUUUAGAAACGGUAACUUUACCAGUCCAUUGGUUGUCUUUUUUGUACAUAUUUUUCUAAAUGGGCGAAAUUUGAAAACCGGGGUUGCCUUUUUUUCAAAACGAGGAGGAAUAUUGGUGCCUUGAUAAUUUCUCCAGAUUCAGUCUUAUAAACUAAUGUUAUUGUCAUUGUGGGUGUUUCUCUCGAUGCAAUUUAUUUUUGAGGAGUACUUUUCUCUUGUUUGUGUGUGAAUAAGUGUUGGGUAAGGGCGUAUUGAGGCUGCCGCAGACAGUCAGUCAAGAUCAGUUAGAGAACAUUCCAGAACCCUGCACUUGUGUCUUAAAGAAAAGCAAGAACUAUAUGAGUUUGGAUUCUUACAAUAUUGACAUCCCAAUAGGAGAGAUAGUAUACCCAAAAACCUUGAAUGUUCCAGACAUUUUGUGGCUAGACAUCAAACGUAAGCGUGAAUUGGAAGGGAACUGAGAUGCCAAACCACUAACGUGCAGCUCUUUCCUUCUCCUGCCAUCGCUCCAUGCCUUAAGCAAGAGACGAGAGCUGUUCUCUCACAUGAAAAGAAACCAUGGUAAGUUACUGCGGUACCUGUUGACCAGUCAGUCAGUCCAAUGUGUUUGUUUGUUUUUAACAAUUUCAUUUUUAACUGCAACGUACAGUUAAAACGAUUAUGGUAAAAUAUGCCAAAAUAUGCAUUCAUGUGAUAAAAAAUCUGCUUGUGUACAUGCUUGGGUCACUCCUUAAUCAUAAACCAGACUAUAUAGAUUAGUACAUCUCCCUUGGAAAGCAUCAUGAAGCAUUGUAGUUAUGGCAAAUACAGUUUUCUUUGGACAAGCUAGCUUUUAAGGUUUACAUAUUAGUGUGGUCUGCCUUAAUUCAUGUUGUCACGUCUCUUGUUUUCCAUUGAUUGUGAAUGGAAUAUCAAUUUUGACAAAGAAGAGCGGAAGAGACUACACAGAACGUAAAGGACUCAUUAAAACCAACGCGCUAUAGUGUAUUCAAACAGGAGAGAUGUGCCCAGCGCCUAUGAAUAGAAGUGUUGAUCCUAGAUCAGCACUCUAAGAUGCUUUAAGAGCCUAUGAAUAGAAGUGUCGAUCCUAGAUCAGCACUCUUAAGAUGCUUUAAGAAUGCGGACCCAAAUUACAUUCCAGAAAGUAUCAUAACUCCUACAACGGCUCUACACACCGCAUUGUAGGACAAUGGGUGAAUAUAUAGACGUGUGAAUAUACUGUUCAUUGUCCAGAUUGCCCUGCUUAGAUUAGUACAUGAUUUAACCACAAUUGUUAUCCUCUGUUCCAACAUUUUAAAGGUUUAAACAUCAAACAUUACCACCGAUGAACAUUUAUUUCACCAUUUCUUUCCAAAUCAGUAAAUGGGAUGAGGAUCUAAAACUUACAGGAAACCUAAAAUAAACCUAAUUCCAACGAUUUGUUAUUAUGAUAUGGUAACAUAUGGACUACAGAACAUGUAUCAGUCCAAUCACACAGUGGUGUGAUACGUUUGACUAACUUCUUAUAUUGAAGUGAUCCCACCAUAUGUGGCAUUGUACAUUUGAGCUUUUCCUGUUGGCUAAGAGCUUAUGAUGAUAUGCUCGCCAGAGGAUGUACAGAAAGACCGUUCUAUUCAAAAUGGUUAAACGGACCCUCUACUGUCCUGUGGAAUUGAUGUGAAUGUCUAUACACUAUUGUGCCUCAAUAAAUUAGUUGUGACCUGAUUCAAAACGAA